AUGGGCGACGACGGCCGCAAAGCUCGCGGCCUGCGGCCCUUCGCCUCGGGGGUCGGGGGCGGCGGCCCAGAGGCGGCUGUCGCUGAGCAAGCUUUGGUCGUGCCCCCCUUUGGAGUCACGCGCUGCCGCGGCUCCAUGUUCUAUGCCGAGGAUGGGGAUCUGGCUCACGAGUUCUAUGAGCAGACAGUGGUCACCAAGAACAGGCAGAAGCAGGCCAAGCGGAGGCGGGUGCAUGAGAACCUGAUUCCUCAGGGCAUCGGAAGCUGGAUACCCCCUCGCAUCCACGUGGAUUUCCCUGCGAUCCUCUAUGAGGUAUGA